UCUUCACCCCGCCCUCGUUCCCUCUCUAGCUCACCCUCCCCUCGGGAAUCCUUUCCCCGCCCCCUCGCCCCCCGCGGAGUGCGCACGCGCCCGCCCCCAGCUUCGCGCCCAGAUCGCCGCCUAGCUUGCUCGCGCAGCCGCCGUCUCAUCUGCCCACCGACGAAGCAUGGGCGUCCAGGGCUUCCAAGAGUUCCUGGAGAAGCGCUGUCCUGGGGCCGUGGUGCCCGUGGACCUCCUCAAACUCGCGCGCACGGUCUCACGCCAGCAGCAGCAGCACCAGCAUCGCCAGCUGCCGCCUACGGCAGCCCUAGCGCCCGGGGCUCCACGCGCCGCCAGGGGCUCUGCGCCUCAGCAACCGCCAUUCCCGCCCGCCGCCUUGGGCGCCUACUCCGGGGGUGCGGGGCCUACUCGGCACCAUCACCCCGCUCACCACUUCCACCAUCACGGCCAGGCGCACCCCGGCCUGCACCCGCCGCCUCCGCCGCCGCCGCCCCCUCCGCUGCCCGGGGCCCGGGUGCUUGUGGACGCGGGCUCAGCGCUGCCGCGGCUUUAUGGCGGCUACCAGACGGAUUGGGUGUGUGGCGGCCAAUGGAACGCCAUGCUGGGCUACUUGUCAGCGCUCUGUCAGGCUUGUGCCUAUCCCGGCGGCGACGGCCUGGAGCUGGUGGUCAUGUUCCCCGGGGGCCUGGGUAAGGACCGGCUGGCCGAAUGGGGCCGUCGGUGCCAGGCCGAGCGGCAGACAGCGCAACUGAUCGUGGGACACGUGGGCAACAAGGGCACCCCUCCUCCUCGGGCCUGGUUCCUGCCACCGGCCUGCCUGAGCCACUGCGUGAGGCUAGCACUCAUCCGCUUCCGGGUCAAGGUCUUUCAGAGCCUUGAAGACCACCAUUUGGAAGUGGUGGCUUUCUUCAGGGAAAAUGGCUUCCAUGGUCUUCUUGCCCAUGACUCCGAGUAUGCACUCUACAAUAUUCCAUCUUACUAUAGUUCCCAUGCUCUGAAGCUGAGCUGGAAUGGAAAGAACCUCACCACCAACCAGUUUCUGAUGCAGGAGGUGGCCAAGCAGCUAGGCCUGAAGCGGAUGAAUUUUCCCAUAUUUGCUGCACUGCUAGGUAAUCACAUUCUCCCAGAUGAGGACCUGGCUGCUUUUCACUGGAGCCUCUUGGGACCAGAACAUCCCCUUGCAUCACUUAAGGUCAGAGCUCAUCAGCUGGUUCUUCCUCCCUGUGAUGUGGUAAUCAAAGCUGUUUCUGAGUAUGUUAGUUCCAUCAAAGACCCCUCAAACCUGGAUGUGGUUGGGAAGGAUGUUUUCAAACAGUCUCAGUCCAGGACAGAAGAUAAAAUAGAACGAUUCAAGAAAGCGGUUGAGUACUAUUCAGUUACAACCAAACUCUCUUCACUGCCAGUGGGGCCCUCCUUUCUAGGUUUUCGAAAUAAUCGCCUUGGAAAUCCUCCCAUUCCACGAAAUCAAAUGGGCACUCUCUCUGCUGGGAAGCCAAUGUUUUCUCACCACGUGCCCCAGAAAAUGAAAUAUCCACCACCAUUCCCAGUGGGACCCAACUCCUCUCUUCUCUUCUCCCCCCAUGCUUUGGGGGAAUCCCAUGCUUUUUCUGAGGAUUCCAUGCUGCAGGACAGCCCCUUUGCCAAUUGGGCUAUCUCUUAUGAUUCCUCUGCAUCCCAGUUUCCCAAUUACCUGACUUCCAAAGCCUCAACUCCUUUGGGACCAGACUCUUCCCACUCCUCUUCCUCGGAUGGUGAUGAGCCAGAAGGAGCCAGCUCUGAUCGCAUCACAGAAACACUUCAGCAGCAGCCUGGAUGGGAGGAUCCAAAUAGUGACAGAGGGUCUUGGGUAGAGCCCAUUGAUGCUGGAGUUUCAAAUGCCAGCCUGGGUGAUGGUGAGCCCCACAUCCCAUCUCUGCUGUCUAUGUCUACAAGGAACCAUAUGGACAUCACCAUUCCACCCUUACCUCCAGUAGCUCCAGAAGUCUUGCGGGUUGCUGAACACAGACAUCGAAGGGGUCUUAUGUACCCAUAUAUCUACCAUGUCCUCACUAAGGGUGAGAUUAAGAUUCCUGUAUGUAUUGAAGAUGAGUGUAACAUGGAGCUUCCUCCAGCUGCCAUCCUGUUCCGGUCAGCUCGUCAAUAUGUAUACGGGGUUCUUUUCAGUCUGGCAGAGACACAGCGGAAAAUGGAACGCCUGGCCAUACGGCGGCGGCUACCUGUAGAAGUUCCUUCAGUGAUUCUUAAAGAGUGGUCUGCCUAUAAAGGGAAGUCACCUCAAACCCCAGAGCUGGUGUCUGCACUGACAUUUCGGGAAUGGACUUGCCCAAACCUCAAGAAGCUCUGGCUAGGCAAAGCAGUUGAGGACAAAAACAGAAGGAUGCGUGCUUUCCUGGCCUGUAUGAAGUCAGACACACCCAGUAUGCUCAAUCCAGCUAACGUCCCCACCCAUCUGCUGCUCAUGUGCUGUGUACUCCGAUACAUGGUUCAAUGGCCUGGUGGCCGAAUCCUGCAUCGCCAUGAGCUAGACACCUUCCUGGCACAGGCAGUUUCUACUCAACUUUAUGAACCAGAUCAACUUCAAGAACUCAAGAUUGAGAAACUGGAUGCUCGAGGGAUCCAGCUUGCUGCCCUCUUCAUGAGCGGAGUUGAUACAGCCCUGUUUGCCAAUGAUGCCUGUGGCCAGCCAGUUCCUUGGGAACAUUGCUGCCCCUGGAUUUACUUUGAUGGCAAGCUGUUCCAGAGCAAGCUAAUUAAAGCAGGCCGAGAGAGAGUAUCCCUAGUUGAGCUCUGCGAUGGCCAGGCUGACCUGGCAACCAAAGUGGAGAAGAUGAGACAGAGCAUACUUGAAGGAGUCAACAUGAACCAUCCACCGCCUUCUCUGCUUCCAUCACCUACCUUCGUGCCUCCCAUGGUGCCCUCUCUCUACCCUGUUUCACUUUACCCCCGAGCCAUGGGCCCAAUGCCACCUCCCCCUCAAGGAAGGAGCCGGGGGUUUGCAGGACUCCAUCCAAUCCCACCCCAAGGAGGAAAACUGGAGAUUGCUGGGAUGGUUGUGGGCCAGUGGGCUGGCAGCAGAUCCUCCAGGGGGCGAGGCUCCUUUGGCAUGCAAGUGGUUUCUGUCGGUGGGCCAGGAAAGGGGCAUGGAAAAGAACAGACUGGUAGAGGAGCCAAAGGACACAAAAAAGGAAAUAAACAAAGCUCUUCAGAUGGAGUUUCUAAAUCCCUGGAGCCUCAACAAGGUCGGUCUAGCUCACAGGUAGAUGGAAACAGUGGCACAUUGAUCAAGGAAGAGAAGAAUGAUCAUCUUCCAGCUCCAUCACAGUGUGCCUUAUCCAGAGACAACAGUGUGUGUAAUAACGGUAACCGGUACUUCCCUGGGAAGAAUGGCGAGAAGAACCACUUACAAGAGCAAAAGCUAGGAACUGUGACACAACAGAAAGAGGAGUAACAAGCAAGAAGAUGGCAUCAGCAGAUCAGGAAGAGGGGAAAACCUAUACUUCUCUGAUUGUAGGCCUAAGUUAGAGGAGGACAUGAAAUGCUUAUCCUAGUUUUGUUCAGGAUUUUGAUGGGGGUGUUCUUUGGUAUCCAUCUUUUCCCCUUCCCUGUCUUUUUCUGGGCUUACAGACUCAGCAGUCUGUUUAUAGAGAAGCUCUGAUCAAAUAUGAAUGACAACAAAUUGAAUAUAUAGUGCCAAUAUUGUCUUUACCUCCCCUGGGAGGCUAUUAAGGCACAGACUAUUGGGUAUCAUCACGUAAGGACCUACAGAAAAGGUCUAGCUUUGGUUUUCUGAGUCUUUAUUAUGAUGUUCAUUUACAAAACCCAUGGGAUGGUGGAUACAGCUACCUAUGGCUUCCUAACUUGGUUUUUUCUUUAUGAACUGGUAGGGCCUUCAUAUAUAAUCAGUAUCCACAUCCUUCUAACUCUUUUCCCCACUCACCUAUGCCAGGGAUUUGUACUACCGCCUCUAGCUCUGGCCUGACAAUCAGAUAGGUAGAUGUUUUCAGGGAAGUGAGGUAGUAUUGGUUAUUUUUUUUUAUUCUUUUUUUAAUUUUAUACACUUAAAAUAACUACCAAUGGCCUUUGUACUGGGGGAUUCAAGUGAGUCGAAAAAGUACUGGGCAGAUUUUUCCUGCCUCUGAACUAAAGCAUUAUUUGUAAAAUAGAAGAUGUGGUGCAGUUCACCCACUCCCUGCAAGGGUGGGAAUCGAUGUAAUUAAAUGAUGUUCUAAAGGGAACUCAAAAGACUGUGUGCGUGCGUGCGUGUGUGUGUGUGUGUGUCUGUCUGUAUUCGGAUGUUUGGGUGUAUGUAUAUAUGAAUGUGUGUAUCUAUAUGCAUACACAUACCCUUUAUAUAAAGAGACAGAUCUAUUUAUCUAUAUAUAUUUUAUAUAUAUAUAUAUAAAUAUAUGUGUAUGUAUGUAUAUAUAAAUAUAUAUAUGUUGUGUGUAUAUAUAUAUAUAUAUAUAUAUAUGCACACACAUACAUACAUGAUGAUGUCCCAGAAGAUUUACUGAAUUUCCCAGAAAUGCUUCCACUGCUAUGGAGUGGUGGGUUUCAGAAGACCACAUUUUAGAAAUCCUUACUAAGUCAUAGCCCAUCACAAUUACAAGAAGAUGGGCUUCUCUAAGCAGACAAAAAGUACUUUCCAGAGAUUGCCUGUUCAGAACAACAAACAGUUGGAUUGUUACAAGCUUAAUCUUGAUCAGAGUCCUCACAUCCCCUAUGGUAAAAACAGGAGAUUGGAGUAGGAUUGGGAAGAGUUGGGCAUUUUCUUAUGAAGGAGCAGCCUGGUUGGGAGAGAAAAGGGGGGUGGAAGGUAAUUACCAGGGCUUGCAGCCAGUUUGGGGAAAUCUUAUCUGAAACUCUAGCAUCAAACUGGCCUUAGGCUAGAAUUGAUUGCCAUGAAUCCCUGAAGGACAGUGGGUAGGGAAGUGUGAGGAAAUCGACAAUUUGAUUUUAUAUGCCUAGAUUGUUUCAUUUAUUCAUUGACAUUUUGACUACUGGAUCUUUUCAUUUGCUUUGCAAGGAAGACUUUAGAGGACUCUGGCCUGGGCCAACAGGGGUGUUCUAUGAAAGGUUCCCGGCCCCCAGGUAAGAUCAGAAUCUGCCCAGGACAAAGAGUCUGUUACUCUUUGCCAGAAAUACUCUUGAGACAACCUUGCACUUCCAGUUUCCCUCCUCAGCAGCCUAAGUAUAAGGGAUGGGAACAUGACUUGCAACAGAUUAGCAUGUGUAUUCAUUCAGGAAUUGAGGCUUCUAGCCUCAUACACCUCCUUUUGGGCUUUGUAAUAUUCUUGCCCAAGAAGUACCAUUUCUACAGGAACACAACUGACUAGACUUCUAGCAGGGUCCUCUCUCUUUUUGAAAAACCUCAUGCGCCUUAACCCAGAGCAGGUCCUUGGUGACAUUUUUCCAGACAACCAGAAAGGUGUUUGCUUACUGCCCACUUACAGUAAGUGUAUCAUCAUGAAAGAUUAAAGAUGUCUCAGACUGUUUUAUCCUAGUCUGGCCCAGUUUAAGGGAACCCACAGUUUGCAGAGGUGGGGAGGUCUAGAAUGCCUCUUCCCCUACCCAGACACUUCUUACAUAAGCCAGAGCAGGAUGACAAGAAUGCAUACCCAGGCAAAUGCAACCAGUGAUAAAGUGUACAAAAGCUUCCUCUAUGGAAUUGGCUCCCCUAGUUUUCCCCGCUCUUCUCCUAGCCUGCCCAGCCUUUCACAACAUCUUGAUGGUUAGGACUUCUAUUUCCAGCAAGAGAAGGAUUUAAUAGCGAACUUACAUGACUUGGAAAUUUCUUUCUGGAACCACAGAGGGAGGAAUCCUUUGGAGCUCUAAAGGUAACCAGAAUCACCGAGCUAUGUUAACUAGCUAGCUAGCUCCAUUUUCUAUUAGGAACUACUUGGAGUUAUAUGGAAAGGUAUUUUCUUCAGUUGCUGUUUCUGUGAAUCUUGAAUCUAUUUGAUAUGAUCAAAUGACAGUAUUGUUAACUCUCACAGCAUUAAGAAGAUAUAUUAUUUUGUAGGCAUUCACUGUGAGAAGUAAAACUGCUAUUUGACAGGGAUGAGUCCAGUUUGCCAAAAGGCUUGCUUUUCUCCCUUCCACACACCUCCACUUUCUCCUAGCCUGGCCCAGGAUGAAACAAGUGACUCACUUCCAACUUUGAUUUUUAUUUAGAUUCAGAAUUUUGGGUUUGUAAGGUUACAAGAAAGAACUAUAAAGGGCCAUAGUCCUAUAUUUUAUCUGCCAAGACAUAUAAUUUAGAAGUCAGAAAGACUAAGGUUUAUCACUGGAAGAUUAACUUUUUCUAGUUUCAAGAUCAACUUUUUCUAAUUUCUUUCAAAUAAGGGAACUGAGUCUGCUCUUUGUUGUGAGUACCACUUGAAGAGACUGUCAUCCUUCAUUUAAGGUUCAAUUUCUGACUAUAAUGUGGCCUUUCUUGAACAAAGUCAUACAUCAUUUAGGAACCCCCAGGAAUGACCCCUUUACUUUGUAGGGCCAUAAGCAAAAGCACCCUGGAUAUAUACAGCCACAGAUCCUCAAGGACUUGCAGUUCUUGAUUUCUGCUGGUGUAUCUUGGGGUCAGCCUAUAACUCCCACCCUUAUUCAGUGGCCAGUCUAGUCUGGACCAGGCCUGAUAAAACUUCUGCUCACUUGUACCAUUUUCAUUCUAGCCAGUAGGACUUUGGGUAGAUUUUAAAACCCAAGAAAUGGCACUUGCUUUGGCUAGUGACAUUUGAUUUUUGUCUGCAUCUUGAUUUCCUGGCAUCGUUGGCCAAGUCACAUUAACUUGUUUUAAUCACUGAGAAAAACAGUCAUGUAAGGCAUUAGAGAGGGUGGUUAAGAAGGGGCUUGGGGAAAGAACGUUUAUGUAGGGUAGAAACAAUGUGGAAGUAACUGCUUGGCUAUAGAGAUCCAGUCCACUGGAACCUUAGAAGGCUUCUGUAAGCAUGUCAGUGCUACCCUUUCAGCCUUGAAGACUCCCCACCCCACAUUGAAAUGACAGUACAAGUAGACCACAGUUUAAGUAGUUAGUUAAUUCUACUAAGGUUUAAUCAUUUUACUUGUUCAGUUCCUAAUGCAUAUUUCCCAAAUAUGCUUGGGGUUUCGGGGGGUAAGUUCUCACUAUUCCAUUGUGUGUCACCCUAUAUUUUUCUCCCUCUUGUGACUUUGGCACCUUCUUUUAUUUGACUUUCCAUUUUCUUUUCCCUUAGCUUAUUACUAUAGUCUGCUGGUGCAGGUAGAGCUCAGUGUACCUAUUUCCCUAUUACUGCUAAUUAUCUUCAGGAUUGUCAGAGGUUAUUUUGCUGUUCUAAGAAAAGAACUUCAUAUUUUUUUUACAAAACAUUUUUUCCAAGGUAAAAGCAAAAUAAAAUACCCCCUGUGCUAGGGUGCCCACUGCAGCUUUUGACAUUGCCCUUGUACUUUUUUAUAGAUGCUCUCUUUGUCCGUGUUGGUAGUAACUGAUGACUAGUGGAUUUUCAUGUAAAUGAAACAAAUUACAUAUUUCAGUUUUUAUUAAUUGUUCAUAACCCCGCCAAAGCUGAUGAAUUCAUUUUAGUUACUUCCCAGAAGAUACUUCCUCAUCCACCUUUUAUUUUAUUCUAUUCUAUUUCUAGAAUAACAUACUAGGUAAAGAAACUUUAACUACAAGGAUUCAUUGAUUUUUAGUGCUCCCUGAUAAAUGAUGUUAUUGACAAAAGUAAAAUCUUUCAUUGUUUUUUCCUGUGUUAAUCUCUCUUUUCCUGUGCUCUUGACAGUGUGUUUAGUGGAUGGAUAAUAUGUAUUUCUCUUCCAAAUUCCCUGCCUUUUUGGCCCACCUCACCACAAAAGCUCCAUAGUUUAUUAAUGUAAGUUUGAAUGGAUGCUUCUUAGGGGAAACUGCAGGAGUUAAGGAAAGUGUUUCAGAAAGGAAUGAAAAUGUCUCAGGAGUUGUUCUGUGAUGGAAAUUGGUCUGGUGUUCUGUUAAUGCUGAUGGAAAGAAACUUACAGUGCUUAAUAAAAGUCUAUUCUUUCAGUUAAAAAAUGUGAAAUAA